UUUCAGUAUAGACAAAGCAGGUUUCAUGUAUCGAGCAACUAGAACCUGCAUGUGGAGAUCAUCGACAAAAGGAUGCUCUUAUGGUUGGUCCGUGAGACGUCUCUUGCACUGGUUGAACCCACACAUUUGCAUUGGGGAACCUGUUGCUCAGGCUCUGAAGGAGAAGAAGUCAGUUGUUGCUCUUGAAUCCACCAUCAUCACCCAUGGAAUGCCAUUCCCUGACAACGUUGAAGCCGCCCUCAGAGUUGAGGACAUUGUGCGAGAUGUUGGAGCUACUCCAGCCACAAUAGGAAUACUGAAGGGGAAAGCAUGCAUUGGACUAAGUCCUGAAGCCAUUGAAGAACUGGGAAAAUCAAGUUUAGCUGGCAAAUGUUUCAAAGCCUCUGCUCGAGACCUUCCCCAUGUGAUUCAGCAGGGUGGAGAUGGAGGAACAACAGUUGCAGGUACAUUGGUCCUUGCACAUUUGGCUGGAAUUCAAGUCUUUGUCACUGGUGGAAUUGGAGGAGUUCAUCGUGGGGCAGAGACAUCAUUUGAUGUCAGUGCAGACCUCAUCCAACUGUCAAGGUCUCCUGUUGCUGUCAUUUGUGCUGGCAUCAAGGCCAUCUUGGACAUUCCCAAGACCCUUGAAUUUUUGGAAACCCAGGGAGUACCUGUGGCAGUACUUGGGCCAGACAAGCGGUUUCCAAACUUCUAUUCACGAGACAGUGGAGUUGAUGCUCCGUGGAACUUGGAAAACAGUGUCGCUGCUGCUCGUCUCCUUCACACUCACUUCUCCCUCCUGCCGUCCCCGUCUGGGGUCCUGAUUGGAGUCCCCAUUCCUCUUGAGCAUGCCCUUGAUGGGAACGAAGUUGAGAAGCACGUGAAGGAGGCCUUGGAGGCAGGGGAAGCGAGAAGGAUCCAGGGGAAGGACGUGACACCCUUCCUCCUCUCCCAGAUGCAGCUUCUCACCUGUGGCUCCAGCCUCUCCAGCAAUAUUGCCCUCAUCAAGAACAAUGCUAAAGUAGGUGCUGAGAUAGCACUACAUUUGGCUCACCUCCAAUCAGACUCCAGAUGUAAGAAGCUCGCCUCCGGUACUUACAAGUGCCCUACUACGGACCUCACGAAAUUACUGAAUGCAAGUGACCACACGAAUGACUACUUGCCAACUCGGUGGAUGUGUCGGUCGCCUCGAUUCGCGAUCGUGUAUGAUAUUGCGACGCGCCGAGAGACGCGGAAUGUCGCUCGACGUGCCUCGGGAGCGACGCGACCC